GAGGCAAGUGUUGGCCAGGUGCGAGGGGCAAGAGGUGGCGCAUGGCGGACGCAGUACUGUUCGAGUUUCUGCACACCGAGAUGGUGGCGGAGCUGUGGGCCCCAGACCCGGACCCUGGCUCGGGGGGAAAGAAGAAGAGCUUGUCAGUCCUGGAGGGCCUGGGCUUCCGCGUGGGGCAGGCUCUGGGUGAGAGGCUGCCCCGGGAGACGCUGGCCGUUAGGGAGGAGCUAGAUGCCCUCAAGUUCCUGUGCAAAGAUCUGUGGGCGGCCAUGUUCCAAAAGCAUAUGGACGGACUCCGCACCAACCACCAGGGGACCUAUGUGCUGCAGGACAACAGCUUCCCCCUCCUCAUCCCCAUGGGCUUGGGGCCACAGUACCUAGAGGAAGCCCCCAAGUUCCUGGCCUUCACCUGCGGCCUCCUGUGCGGCGCCCUCCAUACUCUGGGCUUCCAGAGCCUGGUCACUGCCUCCGUGGCGUCCCUGCCCGCCUGUAAGUUCCAGGUGGUGAUCCAGAAGUCCUGAGGACCCCAGGUUUGCCCUGCUCUAACCUCAGCCUCAGAAUGUGGCACGUGGCCCUGCCUCACUGCUCACCUUUGGAGGCGCUCACAGGCUCUGGGGAGGUCACAUGUGCUUCCGCCAAUGAAAGGAAAGGACUAGGAGGGUCCCGGGAGGUGGGACCCAUGAGUUCAGAGUGGGCAUGGAGGGACGUUAGGGCGUCUCCCAGACAUGUUCAAUAAAGAAAGGUUCUUUAUGAGGAAACA